AGGAGAUUCAUGGACUGUGAAGGAUUGCUAUAUGAUGAAAUGUCAGUGGAUGUUGGAAACACUUUUGAAAUAUAUUCCUUUCUUUAUGUCAUUCCUUUAAGGAAGAUAGAAGUCAUUUGCACCAUUGCCAGAUUUGAAUCCUAGGCAUAACAAUGAGAGAAGAUAAAGGUCCAAGAGUGGUUGAUUACUUUGUAGUGGCAGGUCUCACUGAUACAUCAACACUUCUAGAUCAGGAAGGAAAUCGCUCAGAAACAAAGUCUCUUGGUCCGAAGGCUCCAAUCACUGAACUUGCUGUGAUCAUCAAGUCAGCAGGUGAAACUGUUCCUGAGGGAUAUACUUGUGUUGAAGCAACUCCUACAGGACUUCAGGCCAAUUUGAACUAUGGAAGUCUUAAAAGCCCAGAGCUUUUUCUUUGUUACAAGAGAGGCAGGGACAAACCACCUCUUACAGACAUUGGAGUUUUAUAUGAAGGGAAAGAACGCUUAAUUCAAGGUUGUGAGGUGAUCCAGGCUACUCCCUAUGGCCGCUGUGCUAAUGUCAAUAACAGUUCAGCCACCUCCCAGCGAAUCUUUAUCACCUUUCGGAGGGCUCUUCCAGUGCGACCCCAAAACUCCUUGGCUGUUACCGACAUAUGUGUUAUUGUAACCAGCAAAGGAGAAACCCCACCUCAUACUUUCUGCAAAGUUGAUAAGAAUUUAAAUUGUGGCAUGUGGGGUUCCAGUGUAUACCUAUGUUAUAAGAAGUCAGUUCCAGCUUCUAACUCAAUUGCAUAUAAAGCUGGUUUAAUAUUCAGAUAUCCAGAAGAUGAUUAUGAGUCAUUCCCCUUGUCUGAAUCUGUACCUCUCUUCUGUCUUCCAAUGGGAGCUACUAUUGAAUGCUGGGAUCCUCAGACAAAAUAUCCACUACCUGUAUUCUCAACAUUUGUUUUGACUGGCUCAUCUGCAGAAAAGGUAUAUGGUGCAGCUAUCCAGUUUUAUGAGCCUUAUGCACAAGAUCUAUUAACUGAAAAACAGCACAUGCAACUAGGCCUUCUUACAGCUGUAGAGAGAAAAGUAGUUACCACCAAAUCUAUAAACGCUAACAAAUGCAUCUGCCUUCUGUCACACUGGCCUUUCUUUGAAGCCUUCCGAAAAUUUCUAAUGUUCAUCUAUAAGCUGUCUGUGUCUGGACCACAUCCUCUUCCAAUUGAAAAGCACAUAUCUCACUUUAUGCACAACAUACCUUUCCCUUCGCCUCAAAGACCAAGAAUCCUUGUGCAGCUUUCGGCCCAUGAUGCAUUAAUACUGUCUCAACCAGUCUGUACACCUUUACCGCUCAGUGGAGCAAACUUCAGCACUCUGCUUAUGAAUCUUGGACCAGAAAACUGUGCUACUUUACUCCUCUUUGUAUUGUUGGAAGGCAAGAUCCUACUACACUCUCUCUGUCCAGCAGUGCUGACUGGAGUUGCUGAAGCUGUGGCUGCUAUGAUCUUUCCAUUUCAGUGGCAGUGUCCCUACAUCCCCCUCUGUCCUUUGUCUCUGGCAACGGUGCUCAGUGCUCCUGUCCCAUUUAUUGUUGGAGUUGACUCACGGUAUUUUGAUCUGUAUGAGCCACCACAAGAUGUUGUUUGCAUUGACUUAGACACAAACAUGGUGUACAUAUCAGAUGAUAAGAAGAGUAUGAACUGGAAGCUGCUCCCUAAGAAGCCUUGCAAAAGCCUCCUUGGCACCUUAAAGAAAUUGCAUCCCCAACUUGCAUUAGUUCACAGAAAGACCCAAGAAGGCUCUGCAGUUGAGAUGAAGCCUAUAGAGGCAGAUUUCUCCUGGCAGAAAAAGAUGACACAAUUUGAAAUGGAGAUUCAGGAAGCCUUUCUACGUUUCAUGGCAUAUAUUUUAAAGGGGUACAGAAUGUUCCUUAAGCCAAUCACGCAAGCACCUUCAAAUAAAACUACUGCUGCAGAUUCCCUGUUUGACCUUCAAGGAUUUUUAAAAAGUAGAGACCGUGCCUACACAAAAUUCUACACAGCUUUAACAAAGACACAAAUUUUUAGCCGCUUCAUUGAAGAAUGCAGUUUUGUGAGUGACAAAGAUACCGGAUUAGCCUUUUUUGAUGACUGUGUAGAAAAGCUUUUUCCUGAGAAAGGAUCAGAAAAAGGAGAUAAGGUUGAUGUAGACUCUGCAGAGGAUAUCCGGUUAAUUGAAUUUGAUGAAUCACAGAAGAGUGAACAUACAGUAUUUAUAAUGCCACCAGAACCUCCCCCUGACGAUGGAAAGGAAAGAUUACUGAAGUAUAGCUAUAAGACCUUCCCUAGGUUAGAGCUUAAGCUCUUUGACAGACCGCAAGAUCUCAAACUUUCAUUCAAGCGACACCCAGCUAGAAGAGACAUUUCAAAUAGUCCAGCACUUAUGGCAAAGAGGACCAAGCAGGAGAUAAAAGCAGCCCAUAAAUUAGCCAAGAGAUGCUACGGAAACUCCCCACAGUGGGCCAAAUUCCUUUUCAGUCAUUGUUACAGCUUAUGGUUUAUUUGUCUCCCAGCCUAUGUUAGAGUUUCACAUCCCAAAGUCAAGGCUCUGCAGCAAGCAUAUGAUGUUCUUAUUAAAAUGAAAAAAACUGAUGUGGAACCACUAGAUGAAGUGUGUUAUAGAGUUGUAAUGCUGCUCUGUGGACUUUGGGGCCAUCCUGUCUUAGCUGUGAGGAUUCUGUUUGAAAUGAAAAAUUCUGGCAUAGAACCAAACGCAAUUACUUACGGCUACUACAAUAAGGCAGUUUUGGAGAAUCCGUGGCCUAGCAGUAAUCGCAGUGGUAUAUUUCUUUGGACAAAAUUGCGGAAUGUGGUACACAGCAUGGCGCAAUUAAGGCAAUGUCUCAAAAAGUCUACACAUAGUUCACAGGUUGCUUCUGUGCCAGCUCCUCAGAUGAUCACAGGUGGAAGUGAUGGGGACACGGUGAGCCAUGGUAGUGUGGAUAGUUCUAAUGAUGCUAACAGUGGGGAGCACACGCUCUUCGUCAGAGACUUAGUCAGGCUCGAUUCCACUGAUAAUCACUCUAGCACAGGAGGUCAGUCAGAUCAAGGCUAUGGUUCUAAAGACGAACUUAUAAAGGAUGAUGGGGAUCAUCUUCAUUCAACAGAUGUGCUUAUAGAAAAAGAUCGUGCUGCAAAAGUUGAGGACUUAAUUGGAGAUUUUUCUGGCACCAGUGAAUCUGCUGAAAAACACUCUAAUACAGAAAUUCAAAGCCCAGUGGAAGUGCCUGUGCAUUCUACAAGUAGUAUUGUGAAGGUUCCCUCUGGUAUGUUUGAUUGUACUGGCAGGAAAAAUAGCAGUGGAACUGCAUGCAGCCCACUGUUCAUAGUUCAGGAUCCUGCUGAAGAUUCAGUGUUUGAUUGUAAUACUUCUCCCAAAAGAGCAAGUGAAAAAGGGAAGAAAAGGCAAAAACACUUUUCUGAAAGGAGCUGCAGUUUCAGUACUGAAAGCAGAGCAGACAUGUUGCUGAAGAAAAACAGCUUAGACUCUAAUUCCAGUGAUCUUGCAAUAAUGAUGGGAGCAGAUGCAAAGAUCCUCACCGCUGCUCUAUCUGUGGCCAAAAUCUCUCCACCCCAUAUGAGUAAACCCCAUACUUUUGAUGACUCAGGUGGCAGACAGUUCUUCUGUGGGUCAGAAAAUGCCAGAACUCAUGCAGAAGAAAAUACAUGGGAAAUAGAGUCCAGGUCUUCACCUGUUAUGGAAGGACCUGAAGAUCAGCUGAAAAACAGACCUAGUGACAGCAUAGUCAAAUCAGAGUGUACGAACCCCAGACCUCCUGAUACUGUUCAGUCCAAAUUUGAGCAAGUAGAAUCCAAAGAGACAACCAAUAAAAGGAACAGUUUUUACGGUGUGGCCAAACCAAUUGAAAGGGAAGAUGUUCAAAUGGGCUUGGAUCCUUUAUCUUUGCUGGCAACCGAAACAAAAGUGACCAAACUUGCUGAGCAGGAAGAAAAGAUGUCACCAGUUGUAGCACGCAAUCUGGCUGAGGAAAUUGAAAGCUACAUGAAUCUAAAAGGCCCCCUGGGCAGCAAGUCUUCCAGCAUGGAAUUACACAGGAAAGAGAGCAACCAGGAAGCAGAUUCCCCUAAUUCAUUAGGCCCCACUUUAGAGAGGAGAUCAAGCUUGCCAUCAGAUUCCAUUCCACCACCACCGGCUCAGAAUGCUAAUCAUAAAAGUCCAUCUGUUUCCAGGUCCAAAACCUUUACUGGAAGACCAAAGCAACUGGCUCGUUCAUGCACCCAAAAAGAACGGUCAAUAUCUUUAACAGGGUUGGGUCGUUCUUCUCCGCAUGCUUCAUUGGGUGCGGUAGUCACCUCUCUGUCAGGUCUGAAGCUAGAUCACAUAUUAUCUGGACCUAAAAUAGAUGUCUUGAAAUCUGGUAUGAAACAAGCAGCUAAUGUGGCCAGCAAGGUGUGGGGAGCGGUGUCCUCAGCAUAUAGUUAUUCAGAUGAUGAGGAAGAAACCACUCAACCAGAUUUUACUUUUCCUGCUGGCUUUGAAGAUCAUAUUUUAGGUGUCUGUCAAUCGCCAAAAAUAGGAAUCACAGGACUGGCAGCCAAUGAACUUGCACAGAGCACCACAAGUCUUGGAAGCAGCAACAGCAGUGGAGACUUAGGGAAGCCACAGUAUCCUGCAGGUGAAACUCAAUUCUCACGAGGCAUGAAAGCUUUGGAUUCUGAUAAGUCUGAACAUGGCUCUUCGUACAAUACUAGUCUAUCCAGUAUCUUCCUAAACUGUGCAAUGGAGGUCUUAAUGUCAAGCUGCUCUCAGUGUCGAGCAUGUGGUGCCUUGGUGUAUGAUGAAGAAAUUAUGGCAGGAUGGACUGCAGAUGAUUCUAAUUUGAAUUCUACAUGUCCAUUUUGUAAAAGUGCCUUUUUACCUCUUCUUAAUGUGGAAUUUAAAGACUUACGUGGUCUUGCAAGUUUGCUUUUGAAACCAAGUACCUCUGGUGAUAGUUUACACAGCAGUAACAUUCCAUUAACCACUGAUUCUCUGGAACCGAAAUCUGCUUCCAUCCCUGCAACAGAUCUAAUCAGUUUUUCAGAACCUUCAAGUGCCAGCCAGACCAUCAGUGAGGAAAGCAGCAGCCCAGCAACAGAAAGAAUCAGUACAGCACAGGAAGAAGACCGAAAUCUCAAACGCAUAAAGCCGCCUGUUACAAGCAAUUCAUCAAAACGAGGGACUUCUCUGACUCGGAGUCACAGUGUUGGUGGCCCGCUGCAAAAUAUUGACCUCCUGCAGAGACCUACUCAUGGCACUUCAACAGUUAGCCUCCCUAACAGUUUGCAAGAGGCUGUGGAUCCCUUAACGAAAAAGACAAAUCCUUUACCUGUGUCUGUUCCCUAUUUGAGCCCAUUGGUACUCCGGAAAGAGCUUGAAUCUUUAUUGGAGAACGAGGGAGAACAAGUAAUUCACACAUCAACAUUCAUCAAUCAGCACCCCAUUAUUUUCUGGAAUUUGGUAUGGUAUUUCCGCCGCCUGGACCUCCCAAGUAACCUGCCGGGUCUCAUUCUAACAUCUGAGCACUGCAAUGAUGGAAUGCAGCUUCCUCUGACAAAUUUGUCUCAAGACAGCAAGCUGGUGUACAUACAGCUACUGUGGGACAACAUCAAUCUUCACCAAGAACCUGGGGAACCACUAUAUGCAUCUUGGAGAAAUCUCAAUUCUGCAGAAAAGAAGUCCUCAGUAAAUUCUGAAGAGCAACAAGCAAUAAGCACUUUAGUCGAAAACAUCAAAUUGAGCAUUCAGGAGAACGAUGUUAUUAAACCUAUUAAUCUCCUCGCACAGAGAGUUCACCAGGAUGAGAAACGGCAAAGGAGUUUUUACAGAGAAAUCCUUUUCCUGUCCCUGGUGUCCCUUGGAAGAGAGAAUAUUGAUAUCGAGGUCUUUGACAAUGAAUACAGAGCUGCAUAUAAAAGCCUUCCAGCAGAAGUACUAAAAAAAAUGCAGAAGAUUGAUUCUCCACCCAGUGACAAUAUAGAGUGGUGCAGAAAAUGCUUUGGAGCACCCCUCAUAUAGAUUCCACUGUGGAAGAUUCAUCAAGAAAAAGGAGAACUGAGAAUGUAUCAAUUAGGCUCCAAGCUCCAAUUAAAACUGCUCUGUCCAAUGCAGUUAAAGAGUCAGUGUAAUGCUCUUCUGUGACACUUGAUAUUUAUACCAGCUCAUGAAUUAAAUAUGCUAAUGCAAAUAAUCAAAUUGAGUUAACUUUCAACCAUACUCUAUUUCAUCCUUCUCUUCCUUCUGUUUAGAAGUGAAGAAUGACAACAAAGGGACAUUAAUUUGCUUUUUCUUACGAAGAUUUGCAGCGUUCCUGUAAUUGCCUUCUAGCUCAAGAGCACAUUGAUUUCUUCAUGUAUGGAAGAAAUCUAUUUACUAUAUUUGUAUGUACAUACUUAGCGUACAUUUGAAUUAUGAAACGCAGUUAUUUUCCCUUGGUUCAAAAGAAUAAGCUGUAACUUUAGCAAAUGGCCCUCUUAAAAACCAUCACUGUCCCAAUCCACAGAAAAAUUGUAACCUAGAUCCUGGCUGUGUAAAGCAAAGCUUAUUAUUUCUUCUUUUCAUAGUAACUUUUUAAACUGUACAUAUAAUGUUCUUUUUCUGAAGCAAUGAUGGGUUUCUACCCGGAGUGGCGCUAAGGCUUUUUACAAAGGAAAACUGAGAGUAGAUGACCAAUAAAGGGGUGUGAAAUAUUGACCACAGACAUUUUAGCUUUCAUAGAAAAUUGCAUGUGUGGGUAUGUCUCUCUCUGUACAUCUACAUACACAGACCCAUACAAACGUAUGUAUGUGUGUAUAUGUAUAUGUAUAUACAAAUAUAUGUAUGUACAUGCAUAUGUAUAUGCAUACAUACGGGACAAAGCUUAAAGUUUCUUUCAGUGCACUAAUGUCCCAUCCCUGCUUAUUUUUUCUAACCUGUGGGAAAAUAUGUAUCUUUUUUGCACUGGCUGAGUUAAAUACUUCUAUGUUAAAUGUAUUUAUACUCAUACACUUGAAGACGAAUUUACUGAAAAUGAAAAUACUAAUUUUUAAUGUUAAAAUAUUUUAUUUUCCUGCUUGCUUAUAUCCACACCUCACUUUUCUUGACAAUCCUCAGAUUUACUCCAACAUCAGAUGUUCAUUUAAAGUGAUGUUGAAAUAAAGACCUAGGCAUGUUCAGUAGAUUUUUUAAACAAUUAUGAAUUUUAAAAAAAGAUUUAAGAUUUAGAUACAGAAUCCACUCUUGGUCGUGAUUGUCCAAGGCUGUCUUUUGCCAAUAUAAUCCUUCAUUCUUUUGUAGUACUGCUGGAGAUAAGCUACUGCAAAACUUAGGAGUGGAAUCAGCAUAACCUUACAUUGAGCAGAACAUUUUGCACUUGUUGGAACAAUCUGGUGUGAUUUUUUUUUUUUAAUUAUUCACUGUAAGCCACAUUACAAAAAUGAGUUUCUUGGAAAUCUGUUUUUAAAGCAAUUUCCAUGUUUUUAAAAGUCACUAUAUAAAACAAAGUUUCCAUUGUAUCACUUUCUGGUCUCACCUUUUUAGGAGAGUGUUGGGAGAUUAGGGUAUUUUCUAUACAAUUAGCUAUUUUAAUUUUUGAAUCACUUAUGUCCCAAUGGAUUUUUCAUCUACGCAUGAUUAUAUAUUAACAAACCUCUUGUGAAACACAAUUCUAUAUGGUCAUAUUUACAUUAGAACAACAAUCAUAUCUUAACAUAAAGACAAAAAUAACGCUGAUUUUUUAAAAAUGAAAACUAUUUACCGGUUCUGUUUUAUUCUUUCAGAAUGAGAGUUUACUUGUCAUCAGUGGCAAAAUGGGCCACACUGAAACAUUGCAAUUUUAACUAAUGGCAAUCUUUUGGUCCCUCUGUAAUAGUAUUUUAGAUAAUACAAGCCAAAAUUCAAAACCGGUCUUAUGAACUGGUGUUAGCCUUGUAGAGUAACAUGUAUUAUUCUGCCAGCUGAUCCAGAAGUACAAAUGUUGCUUUGGCAUUUAGAUCACCAGUAUCCCCAUCUAAGCUGAUUCUAAUGUUGCUAUUAAUUUUAAAAAGCAUUAAAUGGGAUACUAACAUAAAGGAAAAUGCCACCCUCAAAUAUCAUCUUUAUUUGCAAAAAUGCUCUGAAUCCUGCAAAAAACCCCGAAAAUCCUUAGCAAGAACAAUAGGUAGCCUAGAUUUUUUUUUAAGGGUUCCCCCCUGUACACAGAAAAAGCAAAGGCAAGCCAAGGGAGAAGCAGGGCUAUCAUUUUGCCUUGUGGUGUUUUAUGGUAGAUCUUACGCUCCAGGAGUCAUUUCAUGAGAGUUCUCGUGUAAUGCUCUCAAAUUUCCAGUGUGCUGACCAUCCCAAGAGGUUAGGCCUUCCCCUCUCAGGAUUAGCAAACUAUAAAGCAGUGUUUCUCAACCUUGGCAACCUUAAGGGGUGUGGACUUCAACUCCCAGAAUUCCCGAGCCAGCACAGCUGGCUGGGGAAUUCUGGGAGUUGAAGUCCACAUAUAUUAAAGUUCCCAAGGUCGAGAAACACUGCUAUAAAGAAUGCUACUCCCAUCACAGUGGAUUUAAUACUACACAGGUUUCAUACCAAAGCUCUUGUGGAGCUUUUGAAUAUAUCGCCUUUGAUGUUAUUUUAAUGUAAAUAUUGAUAGAUCAAAGCAAUAUUCAGCAUUUCAAUGUUUUUCAAAGGGUAGAGAUCCAAUUGCAAUUGAACUUUCGUUGAUCACAAGCUAUUUCCAAAUUUGCGCUUGAAUUCAAAUACAAACACACACUCGUCUUAUUUUAUAUAGAGGGACAGCCAGUUUUGCCUUUAGUGCAAGUAAAAUAGAAGCCACAGGAAGAGUUAGUGAUUAUGCAAAUUUUGGGACCUCAUAGAGUAGUAUAUUUUGAUGUAGUUAAUAUUUAAUAUCUUAGUGAAAUCCAUGGGACUUACUGUUAGUUACUGAUUCAUGAAAGGUUAGCAUUUCAGUGGCUGGUGAACACUUUUGAAAAGCUAAAUAAAACAAAAGGCAAGUAUUCAAACAAGGUUAUAAAAUAAUGUUAAUUAUAUUUGUGCAGCCAAUUUUUAUACAUACUUGGAAAUAAAUUCCUGUGUUUAGUGGGUGCUAGGAAAAUAUCCCUCAGUGCAACCUUAUAUAUUUAUACUUUAAAACAAGUCUGAGUUAAAUGUGGAGGGUAUCUGCUGUCAAAUACCAUGUAAAAAUUCACAUAAUUCAGAGCUAUUUAAUAGUAAGAGGGAAAAAAUUGUGGAAAUACACAUUUCCACACAACUUACUUCUAUUGAUGUUAUUACUGCAUAUCAGACUGAAAAAUCCAUUGUAGCAGAUAAAUCAAAACCUCUAUUGAGUAGUUUUGUAAAAAAAAAAAAAUUAACAGAGCAAUUGGCAACUAAGCUGCUACUUUACUUUUUCAAUUUCAUUUUAUAAAGCAGAUUUGCUAUAAAAAUAUUUAGGACGUUUUAUGCUCAUGACUAACCUGCAUUCUAAAACACUACUAUAUCUGGCUUCAAAUUAAAAGUUUAUUAUUUAAAAAUAGCUAUUUCUAAAACAUGUAUUAGAUAAUCAUAUUAAGGUAAAUGUGCAUCUGUUACUCUUGGCCAUUGAUCAUUCUUCAUGGAAGCAUGGAUGUUAGAAAACAUUUUUUACAGCUUCUAGUAAUUUAGAAAUGAAGCACUGAACAUCCUAAGGCUUUAAUAUUUUAAGGAAAACUUGUAAAAGUCACUUUAAAGUAUAAGUUAAAAUUAACUGAUACAUUUCUGUUUUUAUUCUUCCCUGCACAGUUAGAGAAACUGGAAAUUAUCCUGCAUUAUGGAUAAUCAAAGUAUGAAAAGGAGAGGGUUU